UUAGGUCACUCACCUGUCACUCCCACUUCCUGUUUGAGUUUUGACAUUUUUACUGCUGUUUUCUUGGGUCUUUAUAACAUUUUAAAACUGAAAAUACUCAUUAUUUUAAAUAGUUACUUUUUAUUCUUGUUACUAAAGUUGUGUUUUAUUAGUCAAAUAUGUUGGUACUAGUUUUGGGUGAUUUACAUAUUCCACAUAGAUGUAGUAGUUUACCGAGUAAAUUUAAAAAACUUCUCGUUCCUGGAAGAAUACAGCACAUUUUAUGUACUGGAAAUUUAUGUACAAAGGAAUCUUACGAUUAUUUAAAAACAUUGGCCAGUGAUGUUCAUGUUGUGAGAGGUGAAUUUGAUGAGAAUUUAAAUUAUCCUGAGCAAAAAGUAGUGACUGUUGGACAAUUCAGAAUUGGAUUGUCACAUGGCCAUCAAGUAGUACCAUGGGGAGAUCCAGAAUCUCUGGCCUUAAUUCAGAGGCAAUUAGAUGUUGAUAUCUUGAUAUCUGGCCAUACACAUAAAUUCGAAGCCUAUGAGCAUGAAAAUAAAUUUUACAUUAAUCCUGGCUCAGCGACUGGAGCUUACAAUCCACUUGAUACCUCAGUAAUUCCAUCAUUCGUUCUAAUGGAUAUCCAGAGUUCCACAGUCGUUACAUACGUUUAUCAAUUGGUUGGUGACGAAGUUAAAGUUGAACGGAUAGAAUACAAAAAGAGCUAAGUUUAGAUUGGAAAAAAGUGAUAUUUUUUUUGCUGCAAUUUUUUUUCUCAAUUCUUUAAUAUACAUAAAUGAAUAUUG